AUGGGUCUAUCCAGAAUGACAUCAUGCACGCUGGAGGGGUUAUUCAUAAUGCAUAACAAUGAGGUGAUCGGUUGCUUCCAUUUCUCUGGGGGUAGGGGCUCUGCUUUUGAAGCGGAGCUUUUUGCUCUCAUUAUCGCUAUUGAAAGCGCUCAUAAAGCGGGUUGGCAACAUGUCUGGUUUGACGCCGACUCCACAUUCGUGGUUAGUCUCAUGAGUUUUCGUUCUUUAAAUAUUCCUUGGCGUUUCAAAGCUCGCUGGAUUCAGGCGUUAUCUUAUGCGGCUGCCAUCUCUUAUCAGAUUUCUCACAUUUUUCGAGAGGGCAACAGAAUCGCUGAUUAUUUAGCCUCUCAUGUUAAGGAUGAGGGUUAUUGGCCUCAUGAUGUUGCGGAUAUUAGACAGCUGGUUAUUGAGGAUCUUAACCUCCAUUUUUUUACUCGAGUGGUCGUCUAG